AUGCCUGGUGCCAAACAUCACCAAUUCAAAGACUAUCCCGAGCCUAGAAAGGGGCCUCAUCUUCCGCCCACCUAUGACCGGAAGCCCAAUCCGGCACUUCGCGGCUUCAUCGUAAGUCUUGGCGCAUGGCUGCUGGAAUGGUUUUGGUUUGUGCCGCAAAUAAUCUGGUCGAACGCGGGCUUCGGGAGUCUCCGCAACAUCCGCCCUCACCUGGAUUUCAUUGAGCCUCGCUAUGACCCGACUGUCGUCCCUUUGAAGGCAGUUGAAAAGGAAUUUACCGAGGAUGCUGCCUCAGAGACCGUGUCAGCUCCACCGAUCAAGCAUGACACUAAAUACUAUUCGGUUGCGGAUUAUCAUGGGCUUUACAAAUCAGGAGAGUUGACGCCCACUGCGGUCAUCAAGGGUCUCCUCCCUCUGAUCCGCCGCGAUCUAUCAACUCCUGGUAAACAUUCGAUUGCGUUCAGCGACAGCAAAGUCGAGAUGGUCCUUGCCGCCGCUGAGGAGUCCACCCGUCGGUACAGCGAAGGGCGACCGCUCGGGCUAUUCGACGGCGUUCCUACCGCGGUGAAAGAUGAGUUUGACAUGGAUGGGUAUCGUACUAAGUUGGGCUCAUUGAAUGACUACACCGGUGAAGCGAAAUGCGACAAUGGCUCUAUCACAAACUGGUGUGUUAGACAGUUGGAGAAGGCCGGCGCGAUCGUGGUGGGAAAGCUCUCUAUGCACGAAUUCGGACUUGAUACUACUGGAAACAACGUUCACUACGGCACUCCCCCAAACCCGUACCACCCAGAUUAUUACACCGGUGGAAGCUCCUCUGGCUGCGCUUACGCCGUCAGCACGGGCUUAAUUCCUAUCGCUCUAGGCUCAGACGGUGGAGGUAGUGUGCGAAUCCCAUCCUCAUUCUGCUCUGUCGUGGGAUUGAAGCCGACCCAUAACCGACUGUCGCAUUAUCCCGGCGUCAACUUCGCCAGCACUACCAGUGUGAGUGGACCUCUCGCGGCAGACAUCCGCUCCCUCGCCGAAGCGUAUCGCAUCCUCGCCGCGCCCGGUCCAGAUUCGCCUUUCCCGGCCCCAGGACCCCUCUCACUCUCCCCACCGACUACAAGAAAGAAGCUCCUCGGAAUCCCCGAAGUCUGGUUCUCCCGCGCGACCCCAGAGGUCCAAACUCUCUGCCGUUCUCUCCUGGAUAAGCUCGUCACUGAAAAGGACUACUCCCUCGUUCCAAUUGACAUCCCCUUCCUCGUCGAAGGUCAGACCGCCCACGCCAUGACCAUUCUGGCCGAGGCCUCUGCCUUGCUCCCCGACACGACCAACAUCACUGCAGCUAAUCGCAUCCUCCUGGCUUUGGGCCGCACCACGCCGGCCACCGAUUAUCUCCUCGCGCAGAAACUCCGCCGACUUCUGAUGGAGCACCUCGCUGCCCUCUGGGAAGAAUUUCCGGGUAUGAUCAUCGUGACACCUACUACCGCCUGCGCUGGUUGGCCCGUUGUCUCUAAGUCGGAAUACACAUGGGGACUUAGUGAUGGGGACCGCACCCUGAAGGCAAUGGAGUAUGUCUGGUUGGCGAACUUUACCGGCAUCCCAGCCCUCAGUGUACCUGCGGGGUAUGCGGAGCCGGAGGGUAAGAGUGGUCAGGAUGGAGCGGUUCCUGUGGGAUUAAUGGGAAAUGGAGAAUGGGGAAGCGAAGAGCAGUUGUUGCAGUGGGGGUUGGAGGCGGAGGAGUCGGCAGUUGAUCUGCGAGAGAGGCCACCUAUUUGGGAGGAUGUUAUCCAGAGGGCUAAGUGGGUUGGUUCAAGUGAGCGUCGGGGAGAAGCUGCGCAAGAGUAG